CUUAUCAAGUUUUGUCUCAAUGGCUUCAUCAAUGAACAAAACGGACAAACCCCCUCGGAAUGAAGCCGCAGGGAAAAGUGGCGACGGGAAAUUCUUAGAAUGCCGUGAAGGUCUGGGUUUCGUAAGAAUCAGUCAGCAUUGUUCAUCAUUAAAACCAGUCACGUGUCAGGUACAAGAAAUCACGAGAUUCGCCCGGAAGUCAUGCCCUUUCUUAUCCGAUAGUGGCCUUUGUUUUUGGUACUUUCGUCAUUUGUGCCCAGAGGAUUCACUCCGGGCAUACGGAGUAGGGCUGUUGUGAUGAGGAAGGGAGAUCUCACGGUGUCGUUCUUUCUGGAGGUACAUUGCCGACAACGGCCACAACAUUCAUUCAAGGCUUAAGACUCAUUUCGAGUGAAUCGCUCGACUGAUGAGUGACUCCAUUGAGGACGCCAAAGGUCAAGUGCGUGAUAUUAUCAUUGACAGAAACGAGACCAACGCGGACUCACUGAAGGAUAAUGCACUGACGGCCAUCGACAACUUUCAUGAACAUAACAUGGAUGACAUCAAGGACUACGACGAACCCGACGAGGAUAAUGGCAAGGCCAACGACAACGACAAGAACCCACCGGGCAAUACAGGGGACAAAUCUCCCUCCCUCAAGCUGUCCAUAGUCUCAUAUGGCAGCACAUUCGGCCGGCUCGAAGAGUCACCCGGCGACGAACACCUCGACUUCUCAAUCUCCGACAUCUCGAUACCAUCCGCUAAGUUACGCAAAGAGCACACCGGCCUAAAUUCCAAACUGCGCGAGGCAGUCAUGGCCGAAGAGCUUGCUCCGGAAUGGCUAGACGAGAUCACCGGCGAAGUGCAAUCCAAGAUGGCCGAGAUGAAGCGAGCAUACGAGAAAGAUCACUCUGCUCCAACCACGCUGGUUGUAGGACUCGCGUGCGGACGUGGCAAGCACCGUAGCGUGACGUUUGCAGAGAAGUUGCCUGAGAAACUCGCGACUAACGGCUGGUCUGUCACAGUCCACCAUCGCGACGUAUCUCUCAACGCUGCACAAGCCGGAUCUGAUGAAGAAGAUGGCUCCUCUUCUCUCAGUACCCAGUCCUUUGACCGCAAGGGCAUGGAGAAGAAGAACAAGGACAUGCGCGAAGAGACGAGAAACCGCAUCUCCAUUGAGGGCGACGACGCGACCAGUUCCAAUCUAAAUACUGAAAAUGGUGGCAGCUUAGAUCGCGAAGGUAAUGAACCCACAGCCCUUGAGUGGGAAAAGUAAGUAUGUCUUUGGCGACAUGUUCGACAACGCGCUCCGCCGCGUUGGCGUGUGAAAAGAUCAGUCUGGGUUUUAGACAACGUUAUCGAAAUGGUCAUCUCGACACAAACAAAAAGUACUCCUGAUACUAGUAUACCCCCAUCGAGUUGCUCGGCCUUUUCCAUUUUCAGGGUCCUGCCACCCAAAUACCCCUAUGGCUUCGGCCAUUCCGGCACCGGUAUCCGGAUUCUGCGGGGUACAGGGCCCCCACAACUCAAUGCCGACUUCAACUUCCAUCUUCCAGAACCUCGGCGAGAUCUGUAUCUAGAACCUAAAGUGCGAGUUGAAGCACUUGCUGCGCGGCUAAGUCUUGACCCGAUCGUUAUAUUACCUGUAUAUAUAUCACCACGAAGGAAGACUCUC